UGAGCGCUGUGCUGAGCGCUGUGCUGAGCGCUGUGCUCAGCUCUGUGCUCCGCUCCGCUCCGCGGGGCCGCGGCGGAUGGCGGCGGGGUGCGGGGCCGGGAGGCGGCGGCGGUGGAGCCCCCCCCUGCGGUCACAGCCCGGCCCGGAGCGGCCCGGACGGAGCGGAGCGAGGAGGAGGCGCUCACCAUGGCCGACCAGAGCAACAUCCAGUCUGCGGCCUCCAAGAGCAUCCGCCCCUUCCGCUCCAGCGAGGAGUACCUGGAGGCCAUGAAGGAGGACCUGGCCGAGUGGUUCAACGCGCUCUAUGACCUGGACAUGGCGGCUGACACCUUCCUGGAGGCGCUGGCCACGGGCUGUGACCUCUGCCAACACGCCAACAACGUCAACCGCGUGGCCAUGGAGUUCCAGCAGAGACACCCCGGGGCGGCCGCCCGCAUCCCCCGCAACGAGGUCACCUUCCAGGCCAGGAACGUGGCGCCCGGAUCCUUCGUGGCCAGAGACAACGUCUCCAACUUCAUCCGCUGGUGCCGGCAGGAUCUGGGCAUCCAGGACGUCCUCAUGUUCGAGACCAACGACCUGGUGCUGAAAAAGAACGAGAAGAACGUCAUCCUCUGCCUGCUGGAGGUGGCCAGGAGGGGCUCCAAGUUCGGCAUGUUGGCCCCGAUGCUGAUCCAGAUGGAGGAGGAGAUCGAGGAGGAGCUGCGGGACCAAACGUGCGGCGCGUUGGGAGCAUCACGGGGCGGCACAGCCCUGCGCCCCGAGGCACCCGCGUACCCCGGGCACACACAGCGCGUCUCCCUGUGCGACCUGAGGAACCUGGAUGAGCUGGUGCGGGAGAUCCUGGGCUGCUGUACGUGCCCGUCCCAGUUCCCCAUGGUCAAAAUCUCAGAGGGGAAAUACAAAGUGGGAGACACCAACGCACUGAUCUUCGUUCGAGUGCUGAGGAGCCACGUCAUGGUGCGUGUUGGCGGUGGCUGGGACACACUGGAACAUUACCUGGACAAACAUGACCCGUGUCGCUGCUCGUCCCUGUCUCACCGCCUGCCCCCCGCCCGCACCCAGCCCUUCUCCCCACCUAAACCCAUUGUGGGCAGUGCCAGCCCCGCACCCCACGCCCCCAGCCCCAGCACCCCACGCCGUGCUGACAUGACCAGCCUUGGGGACAAGAGACCACCAGGCUGGGGGGACAUUGGUUCCAGCAGAGCAGAGCGGGGCAGCACCACAAAGCCUGGAGCCGUCCUGCCCCCCAGGGCACCCGCCAGCCCGUCCAGGAGCCCCGGCAGCGCACUCAGGCCCCGUGACUCCCCCCGCACCCGCCGCCAUUCCGGUGACAGCGACUCCUCGUCCGCCUCGUCGGUCGGAGCCCCGCGCUGCCCCCCCCGCCCGCCUCCCGCCGCCCCCCCGUCCCCGCGCCGCCCUCCGUCCUCCCGCAGCCGUUCCGGUGACCGCGGCCCGGCCCCGCUGCGUCCCGCCGCCCCGGGCUGCGUGCAGGAGCGCGGCCGGCAGCGGCUGCACAACGGGCCGGGAGCGGCGCCGCCUCGUGCCCGCAGCCACGGCCGGGCCGGAGCCGACGCGGUGCUGCUGAUCCGGCGCGGGACGGACGGGCAGCACUCGUGGGAGAGAACCGACGGCGGGACCCGCAGCGACACGAGAACGGGCGGAGCGAGGCGCUGCUCCCUGCCCGGGGAGCGGGACGUGCGGCGGGAUGGUGGUGAUGUGCAGCGGGACGCGUUCCAGGACGAGCUGGAGGAGCUCGCUCGGAGGCUGCGGGCGCCGCUGUGCCUGGAGCCCGGGCAGGAGCAGCAGCUGCUGGUGCGGCUGGAGCAGGAGUUCCUGGCCAACACGCGGCUGAUGGCGCUGGGUGAUGAUGCCGAUGUGGAGCCGUCGCCCCCCGCCCGCCCCGCUCACGGGACGUUGGAUCCGGGCAGCGGCGCGGCCGCCGACUCCGCGUACUGCUCGUCCUCGUCGUCCUCGUCGUCGCUCAACGUGCUGGGCAAUAAACACGGCGCUCUGACCGACGACGGCCGCCGUAACGGGGCUCCCCCGGCCGCCCCCCACCCUCCGGAGCGCUGCGGCCGCCCGUCCAGCUCGUCGGACGAGAGCGGCUGCGUGCCGGCAUCCGGAGCAGAGUCCGACCCCGAGUGGGCGCCGGCGGUGGAAGAUGAAGGGACGGAGCUGGUGUCCGUGCCGGGGAUCCCCCCGUCCCCCGCCCUGCGACCCUGUGCCCGGCCCCGGCUGGACGCUCAGCCCGGCAGGAAGCCCACCCGCAUCCCCGCCCCGCGGCCCCCCGCCGGCCCGCAGCCCUGGAGGGCGCUGCACAGUGUCCUGGCAUCGCUGCUGGAGCCGGGCCGGGCACCGCGGGAGGACGAGGGGCUGCAGGAGGAUCCGUGGCCGUGAGACGGACGGGAUGGAGGCUGCAGCGCCGUGUGUGGGCACCGGGACACCGGGACGUGGGAGUGGAUGGUGUCACGGCGGGGCUGGUGGGGGCUGACAGACCGUGAUGUGCUCGCAGUGGAGGCCGGAGCUGUGUCAUGGCAUUAGGAGCAACCAGCUUUGCUCAGCUCCUCCGCUCUUCACCUUCCUUCUCCAUCCCACUCACCUCUUCCCCAUCUCCCCCCGUCUGACAGCACUCGGGGACACGCAGCUCCCCGCCAUGACCCGUACCCAGGGAUGUCCCCUCUGACCCUGCAGCAUCGCCCCCUGCAGCCCCUAAAGCCCGAGGAGCUGAGCCUGCUGUGUCCGUCCGUGGAGCUGCAGGGGAUGGGGCUGCAGCCUUGAGCCUCCUGAGCAGCAUCCCCAGCGUUGUGCCCACAGCUCAGGGCUGUUUGGGAGCAUUUCUCCCUCGUCCAAUCCUGGGUCCUUCCAGCACAGUGAUGUCAGGGGGAAGAUCAUCAGAGAGCAGCGAGGUGCUGGCACAGGCUGCACGGAGAGGCUGUGGAUGCUCCAUAGCUGGGGGUUCUCAAGGCCGGGCUGAAUGGAGCCCUGGGCAGCUCCAGUGUGAGAUAUGGAGGUUGGUGGCCCUGCCUGUGGUGGGGUGUUGGAACCUGAUGAUCCUUGGGGUCCCUUCCAACCCAAGCCCUUCUGUGAUGUAAUGUAAUGUAUAUAAGCUGAAGGUCCGACAUCAUUAAUAAAGAAGGCCUGCUUGCUAA